AUGGCGUCAGAAUGCGUUUCCUCAACAUAUCAGAGCUAUGAGGCGGGCGCUGAAAAGAUUCUCCAUUGGCUUUACGAGACUGCGUGGAAGUGCGGUUAUGGUGCAGAAGUAUUAGAGCAAACCGACGAUGAAGACGACAACGCAGACAACACAUCACACUCAGAACCCAAAGCCAAACGCAAACGCAAACCAAAACCAAGAACAAACCUGAGGAAAGGCCAUACGAAUAAAGCAAAGAGAGGUGGGAAGGCUAAGACAGAGAAAAGAAGCGCAACUGCCAACACCAAAACACCACAGUUUGUGCCAGUGCAGGAGUAUAAAGCGCUGGCUGAAGGAGGUAAGUUGCAUCUACAAAGCACCAAAUUUGUAAUGUAUCUAUUUCUGACUUGGUAUAGUUGUAUGUUUCAGACCUAAGGUGAAAGUCCCGUCCUAGGUACCCAGAAUUCUUGAAGACGUUAUAACUGGUCGGAAAAAAUGUGCUCAAUGGUUCUAUCUACAAGCGAAUUUUACGAUGCACAACAAGAUAAAAACAAGCAAUAAAGGACAUCAACAUUUUAUCGAAGUUCUGGAACAGGUUCUGGCAAUCUUGAAAAAUACCCAAGAACCUCUCAGAAAGAAGACUGCGGAGUCUAUGAACCUCAACAAUAUUUUCGAUGCAUUAGACAUUGAGCCAGAUACUGAACAUACUCUGACUGAGCCUAAAUUACCCAAAGCAAGAGAUCACAAAUCCAGUUCCCCCAAUAUUUCAUUUGAAUCGGCAGAAAGCAUUGAAGAAUCAUAUUGGCUAGGUAAGCAUCAUAUUGCAUGUUUGGGCAUUAUCAAUAUCCCUCACUCUUCUCCCUUUCCAGGCCAAAGUUCCUGGGACAUUCACACACAUUGUUGUAGAUGUUUCAAGAGAAAAUUCGUCUUGCCAGAUGAUUUCUGCUGAGUUCAAGCCAUUCUUCACUAGUUGGGUGCUUCAGAGCAACAAAUAUCUCCCCCAUAUCCUCAAUCAUUGAUAAAACAAAUUUCGAGUUUGAAAAAUCAGACCAGCUAAUCAAAUAUGCUUAGUAUACUGUUUUUUGAAGACUUCAACAUAGCGCGAAAACAUCUUCGAUUCCUUUGGACUGAAUACAAACGCGGUGCCUCUGAUCUUGCCACCGUCGCACUAUUGACAAACACCGCAUUCCAAACCUUUAAGCGUGCCGAGGAAGAACUUUUCGCUGACCUGCGCUCCAUUCUUCCUCGCGAUAUUAUGGCUGAAAUAAAGGGUUAUCCACAAAUCCAAAACCUGCUCUUUACCGCCACAGCUAUGACAAGGGGUUUACACCCAGAUUGUCGGAGAUCUCCCGAUGACCCGUACAACUAUGAUCUGGAUGAAAUCGCAGACUGGACUGCUCUUCCCGUCUACCUUCUACUAUGGACAUACCUGCAAGUGAUACAGCGCCGUGGCCAUAUUGUGCCAAUAUGCAAGCCUGAACAUCGUGGCACCUUGAACCUCAACGGGGAUCAUCCAAAUCCCGAAGAAAAGUACAAACAGGACAAGAUCUUCUUAUGUGAACAUUUCAUUCCUGAAGUUUUGCAUUUGUAAGUACAAUUUUUACGCGCAAGUCCAAUCCUUCUCCUUACACUCAGAAAGAACGCCACAUUCUGCCUCCAGACCCUGAUAACAAAACUCUCUCCUCUAGCUCAACAUGUUUUGACUAACUUCAAAUACACACUAGGCGAAACAUAAAGGGGUAUUAUAAAAGUGGCAAUAUCAAGCUUCCAGCUGAAGACGAACUUACCGGUGGAAUUUUCGAAAUGGUUGGCACCAAUGAAAUACCAAUAUGGCUUGUUCUAGCCCUUCAAGUGCAGUAAGUAGUGACAGUAACCAGAACGCUCUCUUCCCGUUGUUGGGUUUCUCCCUCCAGAAGAGCAAAUAAAGUUCACUACUAUGUUUACACUAUUGUUGGACCAAACCGAUUAACCUGCUAAUACUUGGGUUUCCAGGCUCGAUAUCUACUACACGCUUCUCGAAGAUAUGGAUCGACCUCAUUCUGAGCCCUCAGCAGCUGCGAGUGUAGCAAUGUUCACCGUCAAAGAAUAUCAAGAUUUUUCCAGGAACAUGUAUACUUAA